AAUGCAGGAUUGUUCCGGCGCAAUUCGGGAGCAUCGCGCGCAGAGGGGAUAAAAAGUGUAGAGAGAGAAACUCCCAAUUUCUUCGCCCACUCAGUGUUUUCCCGCCCUCCCAACUGCCAAUUGGGGAUGAGAGAGAAACUUCCCAUUUGCAACGUCUAUCUCCCCCUUUAACCAAUCACCAUUUCCCACCUCUCUCUCUCUCUCUCUCUCUAUGAAUUGUUAGUCCUCUCUCUCUCUCUAAUUACUCUUAUUUUGAUCUCUCUCUCUCUCUCUAAUUUUUGCAUCAGCUCCCUCUCUGUAUAUAAAACCAGUAGCUCUCAUCUCUCUCUAUCUCCAGCUUCUAAGGUUUCAGGUCUUGCCCUAAAACCAGUGGAUUGUGGCAUUUGUUUCAACGUUUGCCUUAAACUAGUAGCCGCUGCCCUUCCUAAAUUACUUCUAAAACCAGUCUCUGAGCUCAUUUAUCCUCCUCGCUCUAGUUCUUUCGCUAAUUUUUCACCAUCCCGUCUAGUUUUGAUUGAAAUCAUGGGUUCUGAUGCUUCCCCAACCUUCAUUCUGAAUCCCCAUGUUUCACCAAAAAUUUAUUCACAUGGUAGUGAAGAUCUGAUCCAUGAAGCCUCUGCAGCUACAAUAACGAGAACUGUGUCUGUUCCGGUGAAGAAGAUAUCACAGGAAGUUUUCUCCGAGAGAAGAAGGAGCGCUAGGCUUCAGAAGCAAGAUGAAAAUCAGGGGCCAAAUAACGCUAGGGUUCGGAAGUAUGAAAUGAGAACGAUUAAGAGUAAGAAGGCCAAAGUCCAUGAGCAAGCUUCAGAAGGUUUGCGAGCCGAUUUGGUACCUGAGGCAGGGUUUGUAAGCAACGGGGAGGAGCUUGCAGGUAACACAAUGGAUAUGGGUGAGAAUGGAUUCAUUGGAGGUGAACGUUUCGAGACCAAUCUCUGUCAUCAAUCUGGGAUGAGUGCGGAUGCCAGGGUUAAAGACACACUAAAGAUCUUCAAUGCUCUUUUUCUUCAAGCUGUUCAGGGAGAGGAGAAAAGGUGUAGGAGAGUAGAAACAACCAAUGAGCCAGAAGUUGCUAACCAUUGCAAGGUUAAGGGUAAAUCACAUAAGUCAAAAGGCAAAACCAGUUCCAAAUCAACUCCUACAAAACUAAAGAAGGAUGGAGGUGUGUUACGGGUGGAACUCAAGACAAAGGCCCAACGGCCUGAUCUCAAGGCCAUAACCAAGAUGAUUGAAACUAAUGCUAUUCUGUAUGCUAGAAAAAGAUGCGGUGAUAUUCCAGGUGUUGAUGUAGGGCAUCAAUUCUUUUCUCGGGCUGAAAUGGUUGCGAUAGGUUUUCACAGUCACUGGCUAAAUGGAAUUGAUUUUAUGGGAAACGAGUAUAGAACAGAGGAGCAGUACAAAAGUUAUAGCUUUCCUCUUGCAGUGUCCAUAGUCCUCUCAGGUCAGUAUGAGGAUGACCAAGACAAUUCAGAAGAUAUUGUGUAUACUGGUCAAGGUGGGAACAAUUUACUUGGUAACAAGCGUCAAAUUGCAGACCAGGAGAUGAAACGGGGGAAUUUGGCAUUAAAGCAUAAUUUGGAACAUGGCGUCCCUGUAAGAGUAACUCGUGGUCAUAAAUCUGAAAGUAGCUACUGCGGCAAGGUCUACACAUAUGAUGGCUUGUAUAAGGUUGUAGACUAUUGGGCUGAGAGAGGUGUUUCUGGAUUCACUAUCUUCAAGUAUCGCCUGAAACGGCUUGAAGGACAACCUGCUUUGAAGACAGACAAGGUUCAUUUUGCUUAUGGUCAAACCGGAAGGAGUAUACUGGAUCGACGUGGGGUGGUCUGUGAUGAUAUCAGUGGAGGCCAAGAGAACUUUCCGAUUCCUGCAACCAACGUGGUGGAUCCUCCAUUUGCACCCACUGGUUUUGUGUACCAUAAAUCAUUGAUCGUGGCAAAAAGUGUUAAUCUCCCGCCAGAUGCUGAGGGGUGUCAAUGCAUUGGAGGUUGUGUGGAUUUCAGAAUAUGUGCUUGUGCAGGAUUGAAUGGUUCAGAGUUCCCUUAUGUGCGUAGAUAUGGUGAAAGGUUGGUGCAAGCUAAGGAUGUUGUAUUUGAGUGUGGUCCCAACUGUCGAUGUGGAUCCAGUUGUGUAAACCGAACCUCUCAGCGAGGACUUAGAUACCGACUUGAGGUUUUUCGUACUCCAAAUAAAGGAUGGGCUGUCAGGUCUUUGGAAUCCAUACCCUCUGGGGCACCAAUAUGCGAAUAUACAGGCUUCCUUAGGCAAACAGAUGAAAUAGACAAUGAGUUGGAGAACAAUUAUAUUUUUGAAAUUGAUUGCCUCCAAACAAUGAAAGGGAUCGAUGGAAGACAGAGGCGAUUUGGAGAUGUUUCUAUACAUAGCCCUGCUAAUCUUCAUAAAAUUGAAGAUAAGAAGUCAGAGGGCCACCCAGAGUUUUGUAUAGAUGCCGGAAGUACAGGGAAUGUCGCAAGAUUCAUCAAUCACAGUUGCGAGCCAAAUCUCUUUGUACAGUGUGUUUUAAGUUCACACCAUGAUCUAAAACUUGCACGGGUGAUGCUCUUUGCAUCUGACAACAUUCCCCCGCUACAGGAACUUACCUAUGACUAUGGCUAUGCACUUGGUAGCGUGAUGGAUGCUGAUGGCAAGAUCAAGACAAUGCCUUGCUACUGCGGAGCUUCCAGUUGUCGGAAACGUUUGUAUUAGAUCAUUGUUCAUUGUCGGUAUUGAUUUUGAGCUGGGCUGUUCGAGGUUGGUUUGCUUUGUGAUCUUCCAAGGAAGAGGUUGGUGAUGCUUUAUACUCGAGGUGGUUUGGAGCCCACCACUGUGGCAUACAUAUUUUUUAUAGUGUUCUUCAGUGUUGCUUUCAAUGGACGAGCAGCUUGUAUAUCUGAGGAUGGGUUUUGGGGUUGCUAGGAACGCGGCUGGCUAUAUCGGAGGAAUUGUUUUGCAGCUAUUAUGUCUUCUACCAAUGCCUACCGGUAGCCUUUUGGUUCCUUUUUUAGACCGAUAGGCUCAAUUUGUAAUAUAUAACCAAAAUAUAUUGCAAGAUGGUUGGUCCUUUUUCUUUUAAGAUAAUAUAUUUAUGUUGCAUUCAUUGAAAAGUACAAGUUGAGUAAUUACAAGGAUGCCUAUUGUGGCAUCAAUUUGUGAUAUAAUGUAUGAAAGUUGUAUCUGUUGUUAUGUUUGUUGUUAUGUUUGGUGUACACAAGAUUGAAACACUAUAUACUAUUACACGUUGCUCAUUUAUU